CAUCGAGCGAAGAACCAGAACAGAGCAAGGGGUCGUAAGAUGAAACUAACGUGGAACAAGAACUCUAAGAAACGAUCUCGCGUAGCCCUGCCGAACUUGGCUGAUCUUCCUUUCGAGAAGGAGGAGGUUCCAGAGACCCAAUCUCAGCGCCAAUUUCGCGAAGAAGAUUUUGAGCGUAGACAAACUGAGGAUAGAUUGGAUUCGUCGGAGGUUGGAGGGGAUCAUCCAGGAAUUCAUGGGAACGUAGAGCUCGAAGCUAAGAAUCUUGCCGAAUCGUUUAGAGCUCAAGGAGACAAACUCGCUGAGGAAGGAAAAUACCAGGAGGCUCUAGGGAAAUGGGAAGCGGCUCUUAAUCUUGUUCCCGAAGAUGCAGUCCUGCAUGAACAGAAAGCACAAGUGUUACUUGAGCUUGGUGAUGCAUGGAAAGCAAUCAAGGCUGCAACACGAGCUUCUGAGAUAGAUCCCUCGUGGGCUGAGGCAUGGACUACUCUGGGAAGAGCACAACUAAAUUUUGGUGAGCCGGACAGUGCUAUCAAGAGUUUUGAAUGUGCAUUAUCUAUCAAUGUGGAUUCCAGAGAGGCAAAAGACGAUCUAAAAACUGCAAAACAACUAAUAAGGAAGAGAGAACAGCUUCAGACAUUGGGACAGGACACCGAUACUAAACGUUUUGUGGUCGGCGACAAGAACAUAGAACCAAACUAGUGAACCAGAGACUUGUACUGAGGUGUAGAGAAGAAUGUCUUUGAGUACAAUUUAACAAUAACAACAAAGCAAGAUCGUUCUUCAUCAAUGCAAGGACUUAGCCAUUUGUCUAAGAAGAAA